UCAAGCCUCAGCUUGUCUGUCUCUGUCUCUGUCUCUGUCUCUUCUGUCUCUAUCUCUCUAACUCACAACUUUGGUUUCUUUAUGAACAGUUCACCGGCGACCACCUCGCCGGGAUCUGGUCCGGAAACCUCACGGGGGAAAAAAAAACCUCAUUUGAGCUUUCCAAAUCUUAUAAGCUAAGGAAACACACUUUUUGGUCAUUUCAAAAGACUAAUUUUGGGAAGAGUUAGUGGAGAUUUAGUUGAAACCGAAUCAUAUAAAUUCUGGGUUAUGCUUAUUUUGAUAAUGUACGUGGAGAGUUUAUAAGGUUUCAGCCCAAAAGUGAAUUUUUUAAUCUGGGUUUUUUUUUUGUUUUUUGGCUUUAGUUUUGGUUUUGGUAAGCUUGGUGGAGCUGUUGUUGUUUCUAGGUGACAAACAAUUUAGGUGUUUCUAUGGAGCUGAGGCUUUGAUUUUUUUUUUUUUUAAUUCAAAAGUUUUGGUAAUCAAGGGAAGUUUAGAGUUUCAAGGAGCUGGUGAUUAAGUUAAUUAAAGUUUUCAGGAAUCACCUUAUCUUUUGUGGGAAAAAAUAUAACUUUUUUUUGCCUGUUUGUGCUGGUGGAAUAACCCAAAUUUCUGAGUUUUUCCAUUACAUUGACUCAAAGCUUAAACUUUGGAUCAAGUGGGGGAACUUUAACUGAGUUGUUGUUGUUGUGGAGUUGAGAUUGAGGUGAAAAGAAGGGGGAAUGGUAAAAGUUACAAUGUGUAAAGUAGAAGAGACAAGUGGAAAGUGUGAUUACAGGAAACAGUGGGAAAUGAAAAUAAAGAUUUUUGGAGAAGGGAAAGUGGAGAAGUUAAAGAAUUCAAUGGUUUCAAGGUCUAGAAUGAAGCUGUGGAUGAUCAGGGCAAUAACUACAAUUUUGUUAUGGACUUGUUUUGCUCAGUUGAUGACAUUAGGAGAGAUGUUUGGUCCAAGAUUGUUGAAAGGUUGGCCUUCUUGUUUCAGUCAUUCUGAGUUGCCUCCGGUUGCUGAAUUGUCUUAUUCUCCACCAAAAGUUAUUCAUCCACCAAAAAGGUUAUAUAAGAAUAAUGGCUAUCUUAUGGUUUCCUGUAAUGGAGGACUUAACCAAAUGCGAGCGGCAAUUUGUGACAUGAUUGCAAUCGCCAGAUACUUAAAUAUCACGCUUAUUGUCCCAGAACUAGAUAAAACCUCAUUCUGGAAUGAUCCCAGUGAGUUUCAGGACAUUUUUGAUGUUGAUCACUUCAUUACUUCUUUGAGAGAUGAGGUUCGCAUAUUGAAGGAACUGCCUCCUCGAGUUCAGCAAAGAGUUGAUAAAGGAAUGUUCCUCUCUAUGCAGCCCAUUAGUUGGUCUGAUAUUUCUUAUUAUUUUCAUCAGAUUCUUCCUCUAGUGCAAAAGCACAAAGUUGUACAGUUGAAUAAAACCGAUGCUCGGCUUGCUAAUAAUGAACUACCCCUUGAGAUUCAGAAGUUGCGCUGCCAUGUAAAUUUCAAUGCACUAAGAUUUACUUCACAGAUAGAGGAAUUGGGUAGAAGGAUUGUAAAGAUUUUAAGGGAAAAAGGCCCUUUUCUUGUUCUUCAUCUUAGAUAUGAAAUGGACAUGUUGGCUUUUUCUGGCUGCACUCAUGGUUGCAACAGUCUGGAAGAGGAAGAACUUGCAAGAAUGAGGUAUGCUUAUCCCUGGUGGAAGGAGAAAGUUAUAAAUUCAGAAAUGAAAAGGAAAGAAGGUUUGUGCCCUUUGACACCUGAAGAAACUGCUCUAGUGUUAAAAGGAUUAGGUAUUGACCGGAAUGUUCAACUUUACAUCGCUGCUGGAGAAAUUUAUGGUGGUGAGAGAAGGAUGGCUCCGUUGGCAGAAGCUUUUCCUAAUUUGGUUAGAAAGGAGACUCUGCUAGUUCCAUCAGACUUGAAAUUGUUCCAAAACCACUCAUCCCAAAUGGCAGCAUUGGAUUAUCUAGUCUCCUUAGAAAGUGAUAUAUUUGUUCCUACAUAUGACGGAAACAUGGCCAAAGUUGUUGAAGGCCAUCGGAGAUUCUUGGGAUUCAAGAAAACUAUCUUACUAGACAGAAAGCUUCUGGUUACUUUAAUAGAUCAAUACCAGAAUGGAUCCUUAAGCUGGGAUGAGUUCUCCUCGACCGUGAAGGAAGUUCAUGCAGGUAGAAUGGGGAGCCCUAAGAAACGAAUCGCCAUUCCAGAUAGGCCAAAAGAAGAAGAUUAUUUUUAUUCUAAUCCACAUGAAUGUCUACAACUGUUAGAUGAACCUUUGAGAAGUACGUGAUCCGAAUCAUGCAGAUUAGAUGAUUAUCUUCAAUUACACUCUGUACUUAUGCAUAUUUAUCAGACAUUGCCUACUUUUGCUCACACAAUUAGCUUUUGGGGACAAUUUAGGCCUUGAGCCUGGAUUUCACAUUCAUGUAUAGAGUGAAAGAAAAAAACAAAAGGAAAUUACCCAUUGCAAUUUGCAGACUUAAGAUGGGAAAAUUCAGAAUAUGUAUCAUUUCCAAUAUCUUUUUUUAAAGAUUUUCUAGACCAUCUGAAAUGAUGGACAUGAAUGCGUACCAAAUGCAUACCAAAAUUUCAUGUGCUUACAAGGAAU